CGGAUGCUUAAAAAGAAAAAGAAAACUCGAUUCGACCCCGAAUCGCAGGCCGCAGCUCGACGUCGGCGGCAAAGCCCUCGCCCGAGACUCCCGGCUCCGGCCGCAUAGGCGACGACGGCAUGGGCGACGGCGAACCAGGAGGUGGAGGGCGUCCUCCCGGCGAGUGGCCCAGGCAGCAGCGCGCGUCCGCGCUGCCUGCAGCAGAGGCAGGUGGCGGCCGCAAGCGCUGGCGAGGUGGUGAUUCCGGCGCGACGACUUCGCUGGGCCUGGGCGGCCGAUCCGGCGAAGCAGAGAAUCCAGCAGGCCCCGGCUCGAGCUCGGUGGCGUCGGCGCUAGCAGGCGGAACACGGAUAGAUGGAUCGAUUUCUUCAUCACUAGAUAAAAGAAGAAGCUCACCCUGCCGGCCGGAUGAUAAUUCUCAAUGUGGCAACAAAAUAACAUAUUCAGGACCAGACCUUCCGGAGCUAACUCUCGAGCAGAAAAUUGCUCCAGGAGUUCUAGAUCCACCGUGGUCUUGA